AUGGCUUUCAGAAGAUCCCAAACUCUAAGACUCUCUGAAACAUCUCUAUGCUGUGCCGUGGUGUGUGUUUUGUUGUGUCUUUCUCACCGGAGUCAUGUGUCUGCGGUGAAUCUCCAGCAUUUUAUUGGCUGUUCUGUCAGAGAGUUCACCUUCAUGGCCCAGAAGCCAGGAUGUGGGAGACUGCAGAUCACAACUGACGCCUGCUGGGGGCGCUGUGAGACCUGGGAGAAACCGGUCCUGGACCCACCCUUCAUCGAGUCUCAUCAGCGAGUGUGCACUUACAACCAGACCCAACUGGUCACCGUGCAGCUGCCCAACUGCUCGUCUGGUAUGGAUCCGUACUACACCUACCCCGUGGCCCUGAGGUGUGAGUGUGGAGUGUGUGUGACCAGCACCACUGAGUGUAUCGCCUCCAUCUGA